AUGGGCUACUUCCAAAAAUUGUGGCCUCCCUACUACAAGUACGCCGUGUUUCUAUUCGUCGGCUUCGAGUUCGUCUAUUCGGCGUUCGUGCUCGCCACUUCCGAGGCCUACUACAAAUCGGCGUCGCUCAUCCUUCCAAUAGCUUAUAGAAUGUUUGAUGAUACGGUUCAAAAGCAGAAGGCGGGUUUCGAUUGGUCGACGAGCGAGAAGGAGAUUCUCGAAAUUUAUCGCCUUCAAAUGCUGGUGUUGUGGGUGGUGUCGACGAUCGGCGUUCUCCUUUGCAUGUUGGUCAUCAUUCCCCAAUUUUUCGAUUUCAACGACAAACGCGGCAAUCCGAGUCAUUUGUGCCUCGUCCGCAAAACGCUCGCCUACAUCCUGUUCGCGAUCGUCGCCGUCUACGUGGUGGUGCUCGGCGUCGCCGUCGUGUGGGCGUGGUCCGAUGGCGGCGCCGCCAGUCGACACUUCCAUGAGCACUUCAACAGCGCCGAGAAGGAGGAGAUGUUCAUCACGCAACUCGAAGAGGCGUUCGAUUGUGUUUCCGAUGAUGAUCUCGAGGUGGCUAAUGAGCAUAUGUGCUACCAAAAAGUCACCUUGUCGUUCAUCUCAACCACCUGGCUUCACAUCCUUCUUCUCGUCUACAUCGCCGGCCAUUCCAUCGCCUUCCUCGCCAUUCCGCUAUUCAAUCGACAAAUAAUCAGCGUCAAAGCCGACGAGCUUCUCGCCAAUGACAACAAUAAACUGUUGAGCUCGUCGUAA